GGAGCUGUUUGAAGAGUGGUAAGAGAGACGCGAAUGGAGCGAAAGCUUAUCACCUGAUCACGUCAUUUGAGGCAAGGAGGAGAGCGGAGCUCCUCGAAAUACUUGCCAUUCAGCUAGAUGAGCAGUGGAGUUGGUCUGAGGCAAGAAAAGCGGACGCUACUGUGAUAUGCCCAAAUCCUUCCUUGUGAAAAAAACCUCUCGCACCAAGAGGAGACUCGAAGAGGAGGAAGCAAGCGACGGUGAGUGCCUCUCCGCAUUGCAAUAAACCUUGCAGCUGACAAACUUGUCAAAGGUCAUCCGGCCAAUUUGCCCAGCUUUAAAACACUUAAACUUCAGAUUUUCUUUUGACCCCACUGCAUGUGUACCAUAUGCAAUUUCCAACAAUUUUCCUCAAUCUUAUUAAAUUAAUUUAAUUAAUCCUCCGUUUGAGAAAAAGUCCCGCAGUUUUUUGGGUCAGCGCUUUACUCGUGCCUUAAACAGGUUUGUUUAAUGGAACUGUCUUGAAGUCGACUAGAGUCUUCUUGCUUUUUAUUUUCUAUUUUUUGUAAUAAACGUUGGCUAGUAAAUUUGUUCUUCAGUUUUCUCUUCCAGUGCAAUUUUCCUCCUCUCAUUACUUCAGUGGGAGAGUAUGCAAAAGUGUAAUCACACACAAACAUCAAUAAUUCACCUUUGCCGUUGCUCUUCAAGCGGAACUGUUGGACUUGGAUCGUCGUUUCAGUUUCAUUCCUGGAAAUCAUUUUAAGGAAAUUCUUCUUAUUUUUAAUCAGAUAAUGAAGACGUUUCAGACAUCAACGAGGAAGGAGCACAAGAUACAAAUCUUGAAUCGCACGCCACCGGUAUGUUUACAAGUUUUGUUGACACUUUUACCUGUAGGACCCUAGACUUCAAAAUGGCGAUCACAGCUAAAAGUCACGGAAUAAAGAGUACGUUCGAUUAAAAAAUAGACCCUUUACUUAAAAUAAAACCAAAGUUCAAACGUUAGAAGUGAGGAUUAAUUUUUGUGUAACGAACAUAUCAAAGUCAAUUCGUUUUGCUUAAUUGCAUGCCAUUAAGACUUUCACCCAAUGGCUCGACAGUUUUCGCCAGGUAAAACAUGACUAUAGUGUUUUAACCUUGGCUGGAGCAAAUGAAUGUUAGUUUUAUUGCUAGAAUGUGAUUUCUACGCAUAGAAUAGUUGGUUACUGUUAUAGCCUCUAUGGAAGACUGAUAAAGUUAAAAUAGUUCAGACUUAGAAAGGGCCUGUGUCCGCUGUUUGGGAGUCAACAAGCAUAACGUUAAACAUUUGAAAUUGUGCGACGACAACGCUUUACAAAGUUAAAAAGUGAACUAUUGUCGGAAGUACGCCUUCGACGGAAAUAAUAGAUCUGUCUCAAAAAUAGGGGCAAGUUUUUAUUUAUUAGCUGAGGAAAAUUUGCUCGGUAGAAGGAAUAACGUAAUUAAGGUUACGCUAUCGAGAUUUGAAGUAGAUUCAACGAGUCAAGUGUUUUUAAGUAAACAAACACUCUUCCUCUCCAAAGCGUGAAGCAUAAAGAAACAUUGGGUUCGUCAGAUUUUAAUUAAAAAGAUAAAAGAACGCUAACACGAGCUGCAAAUUCAACUAAAAAUGCUUUUUUUUUUAAGCUAAAAUCGCGUAUUCAAAGACUAGAGUCACCGUGCACAGCAUAAUCAGGGAUAUUGCCACAGAAACUGCCAAUGCCUCUUUUUUGUUACUGCUUAACAGCUUUUUCAGAAACCAAACUGCAACAGUGAUUGGUUUUCAAUCACUGUCUCAAUUUAGUUAAUACGAUUAUAUAAUUGUAGUCCUGGUGAAGUUUUAUUUACAGUGUCAAUAGUUCAUACUGGCGCCCUUUCAAAGUCUAGUACAACUCGCCUUUGCUAAUGAAUUUUCUAAUUUCGCGCCAUUUUCUCCUUAAUAAGGCUUUGUAAAUUCAGUGGUUUUUGUUUAGGAACUACAUUAAAGCCUAUCUAAAACACUGAAUUGUAGGUCUAGUAUGAAGCUGUUGAAAAAAGUUGGAUUAACAACCAAUUAUUGUGGAAGAGUUAUUUUUUUUCUCACUGUGCACAGUACAAAAAGUUCCUCUGCAUGUAAGAAUUUAGUCAACAUUUUUUUAUAAGUCGCAGUCAGUAAAUAAAUUUUGAAAAACGUUGGAAAAGCGCUAACGGAAAAACAAAAGCCACUUCACAAAUGAAAAUACCUUUGGAUCACGUCAUGACACGCUAACUGAAACACUCCAAGGGUAAAGCUUGAGAUAACAUAACACUACCAAUGGUGUAAUAAGUUUUUUAUACCUAGCAAUUGAGAAAAAAACAAACAAACAAAUUUAUAAUUUUACUAACAUUUUCAGCGGUUUUCCAUUCCGAAACAAACUACUGUCAGAAUCGGACAAAAUUUGAAUUACCGCGGUGCUUGCGUUGAUAGAAGACUUGGCCACUUUCUUGUAUCCUGAAUCCUUACUUGCAAAAUCCUUGCCAGCUGUGAAUCUAAUGUUUGAUUUUUUCA